GUAUGACCGGCGGCGUUUUGUGUCUGUCUAUUUAAUGAGGACGGUAGACACAAUUCGUCACAUCAGCUCGGUGAAUUAGACAGUGUUACACGAGAGUUGUAAGAGACAGAUUCUUAUUACCAUGAUUGCCAUUCGUAACGUUGUUGUUUUAGCUGCUUUCUUCGGGUUUUCAGUUGCCCAAGUUUCAGAUUGUAACAGUCCACCAGAGUGUUAUUUCCCUCAACAAUUGAAUACACAAACAUGCCAGUGUUACUGUACCUACCAACCGUCUUCCGACCCUACUAAAUACGAGGUCGUCAUCCCCAAUUAUCCUUCUAUUGAAAUGAACUGCCCAGUUACUUUAGUAUGGAAUCAAACUUUAUGCCAAUGUGGGGAAGAUAUGAGAGGUCUUCCAACAGCUCCAACGGUUGGCGGAAACACUGUAACUUGUCAAACACUCGUUGAUCUAAGAGGUAACGGCACGCAGUUUGUUAAUUUUGCCAACUAUUACAGUAAGAAUGAGAAUUACCAAGAUAUCUUAUUGGAAAAGGUAGAUGGCGCCUCUAACGUAGAUGGUGCUGCUAACUUUAAAGGUAUCUCCCUUUACUUACCUGUAUUUAAAUACAACGACUUAACUGGAACAGCCAUGAUGAAAUUAAGAGUGCGACCAACAGAAGAAACUGGCCACAUCUACAAGAAUAACGACCAAGUUAUUCUGUCUAAUGCCUGUACUGGCAGUCCAGCCGCCAUCGAACUUACCUAUAGUCCAGCACAACGUAACUUUACAUUGACCAUCCACACCAGUGGCUCCAACCAAGAGAUGUGUGAAAACAUUGCAGCUAGCCCAAACGGAUGGUAUGAUAUCGAUGUUUCUAUAUUGAAUGGUUCUACUGCUUGGUCUAUAAAUGGAAUAGCCUGUCCUCAAAUCACUGGAUCAGGUUCUAUUAAGAAAACCGAAUGUGGUUUGACAGUUGGUGGAAACCCUGUCGCCUCCAACGACAGUGAAGAUUUUUACGGCCAUAUUGAUAGUGUUAAGAUUGUCAAACACUGUGACACCGAGAAGAUGGCAUAAGACACAAACUAGACCUCAAGUUCUAUAGAUGAAAUCUUAAUGGAGAAAGUCCUUCAAAACAUUACUGUAAAUUAAUUGCUAUAUAUAUUGAAUUAAUUCAAAUUAUUUGUAUUAAGUCCCACUUUAAUGUAAUGUAUUUAUUUGUAUAUUUUGUACGCGUAUAUUUAUCAUUUUUUAAUAGAUUUCGGUAUUCUAAACUUACACCCUUAGAUUUGAUAAUGAUAAUUGAUAAUUAUUUCUUACUGUAAUACACUUUAUAAUGCAAAAGUACAAAAAAAGAGUUUGUUAGCUAUCCACGAACAUUCCAAACAUUGUCCAUGUGUACCCUGUCGAAUUAUUAUUAAUAGUAAUAAUUUCUAUUCAAGCCAUCUGAAGUAAACAUAAUUCAUAUAUAUUUGACAUAGCACCAAUCGCAUUGAAUUAAGGGUUUCCUCAA